AUGUCAAGUUCCUGGAUUAGGCUCAGCCAGUCAAACGCGGCUCAAGAACACGAAGGGAACCUUGGUAUCGACGAUCCACAAAAAUUGGCUGCAAGAGAGCUACGAUAUAAAAUAUUGUCCGCUUUCUUCAACGGAGAUUUCAUAAAUAAUGGGAGGUCGGCAUUCAGGGCCCAGUUCAACAAGAUCCGUGAGCUCGUACCAAAACAACAGCUGCUGAUAUAUGAUAUCAAGGAAGGGUGGGGCCCGCUGUGCGAAUUCCUUGGGAAGCCUGUCCCUUCGAGCCCGUUCCCCGGACACGAUCAGCUAGAAAUUUUCGAUGAGCAGCCAGGCGGUCGGUGUGAUGAGAAAGCAGCUAAGCCGAAGCUUUUGAAAUCCCCUGUGGAUACUGCGUCAGAGACUAGAGUUGAAAUACCAGGGUGA